GUAACUGGCUUUAAAAGGCGCCAAGCUCUCGAGUUGCAGUUGCAGUUGCAGUUGCAAAUAUGAAGUAUGUGUAUCUGUUGCUAGUGGCAAUUGGUCUGACACUGAGUCUAGUCAGUGUCCAAGCCAAGCCAGCGAAGUGCACGCAGGAGACAUCGAUGAAGGGCAUGCCACAAGAUGGGGCAGCCUGCAUGGCCUUUAUGCCCAGCUGGAGCUAUGAUGCCGCCAAGAAUGCGUGUGUGGAGUUCAUUUUCGGCGGCUGUGGUGGCAAUGACAAUCAAUUUGGCAGUCGUGACGAAUGUGAAAAGGCCUGCAAGGACUAAGUGGGGCUCUGGAGUCGCCGCCACUUGAAGUUGGGCAAAACCCAACAAAAA